GUUCUGGUGAGAGCGGGGCGCGGAGCUGGGUGCGCGCCGAGCCUCAGCCUCCCGCCGCCUCCUCGCCCUCCAUUCCUCUCUCCCCGCCUUCUCUGGGCCUCGCCGCUGCCACCGCCUCCCUGGGAACCGUAGCCGAGGGCGAGGGGCUGGAGCGGCCGGAGCGGCCGGGGCGGCCGGAGCGGGCGGGGAGGCGCGGGGCGCCGGGGCAUAGGGAGCGCGCCCAGCCCAGCCCGGGAUCAGAUAACAGCCGGCGGGGGAGGGGGUGGACCAGCAGCACUCACAGCCGGACGGAGGGACGGACGCCAGCCGCGCCGGCCAGAGCGAGCGCCCCGCGGCCGGGGGCGCCGUCCAGGCGCGCGCCCCGGACCCGUGGCUGGACGGGGGCGAUUGGCGCCCCGGACCGACGCGCCCCUCAGCAUGGAGCGCCCCCGGGGUCUGCCCUGAGGCGGCGGCGGCGGCGAUGCAGCCAGCGCAGCAGCUGCUUGGGCCAGGAACGGCCGCCCGGAGCUCGGAGGACGUGGAGCGCACCGCGCCCGGGGCGCUGACCGAGGGCCCUCCAGCCACCAACUCCUCUGCAGCUGGCACCUGGGAGAUGGCAGCCUUGAAGAUGGCCACUGCCUGGUCCGCAGCGCUACUUAGAGGAUAGGAGUCAAGAGGAGCUGCCCCGCCCGGAGCUGGCCUGGGGGCAGGCCAGGGUACCCCCGCCCCCGGGAUGACUGCGGCCGGCCGUGCCAACCCCUACAGCAUUGUGUCGUCGGAGGAGGACGGGCUGCACCUGGUCACCAUGUCGGGCGCCAAUGGCUUUGGCAACGGCAAGGUGCACACGCGGCGCCGGUGCCGGAACCGCUUCGUCAAGAAGAACGGCCAGUGCAACAUCGAGUUUGCCAACAUGGACGAGAAGUCACAGCGCUACCUGGCCGACAUGUUCACCACCUGCGUGGACAUCCGCUGGCGCUACAUGCUGCUCAUCUUCUCGCUGGCCUUCCUUGCCUCCUGGCUGCUGUUUGGUGUCAUCUUCUGGGUCAUUGCUGUGGCCCACGGGGACCUGGAGCCAGCGGAGGGCCGCGGCCGCACGCCCUGCGUGAUGCAGGUGCACGGCUUCAUGGCGGCCUUCCUGUUCUCCAUCGAGACGCAGACCACCAUCGGCUACGGCCUGCGCUGCGUAACGGAGGAGUGCCCGCUGGCCGUCUUCAUGGUGGUGGCGCAGUCCAUCGUGGGCUGCAUCAUCGACUCCUUCAUGAUCGGCGCCAUCAUGGCCAAGAUGGCGCGGCCCAAGAAGCGGGCACAGACGCUGCUGUUCAGCCACAAUGCGGUGGUGGCGCUGCGGGACGGCAAGCUCUGCCUCAUGUGGCGCGUGGGCAACCUGCGCAAGAGCCACAUCGUGGAGGCCCACGUGCGGGCGCAGCUCAUCAAGCCCCGCGUCACGGAGGAGGGCGAGUACAUCCCGCUGGACCAGAUCGACAUCGACGUGGGCUUCGACAAGGGCCUGGACCGCAUCUUCCUGGUGUCGCCCAUCACCAUCCUGCACGAGAUCGACGAGGCCAGCCCACUGUUCGGCAUCAGCCGGCAGGACCUGGAGACGGACGACUUCGAGAUUGUGGUCAUCCUGGAGGGCAUGGUGGAGGCCACGGCCAUGACCACGCAGGCCCGCAGCUCCUACCUGGCCAAUGAGAUCCUGUGGGGCCACCGCUUUGAGCCCGUCCUCUUCGAGGAGAAGAACCAGUACAAGAUUGACUACUCGCACUUCCACAAGACGUACGAGGUACCGUCCACGCCCCGCUGCAGCGCCAAGGACCUGGUGGAGAACAAGUUCCUGCUGCCCAGUGCCAACUCCUUCUGCUACGAGAAUGAGCUGGCCUUCUUGAGCCGCGAGGAGGAGGACGAGGCGGAUGGAGACCAGGGCAGACACAGCCCCCAGGCCAGGCAUGACUUUGACCGGCCCCAGGCCGGUGGCGCCACCCUCGAGCAGCGGCCCUACAGACGGGAGUCAGAAAUCUGAGCCAUCGAGGGCCAAGGUGCAGCACCGCCCCGCCGGGGAGAGGCCCCUGUCCUGCGAGGGCCCCGGGCCUGAGCAGAGCCGGCUUGGGCCCCGGCUGCAGACUCAGUAGAGUUGUAGAUGUUUUACGUUUCUUCACAAUGGCCUCAGGAGGUUGGUGGGAGAGUGGGCGGCUGGAGCGGCUUCAGAGGCUGGAGCAGGCAGAGGGGCAGGAAGGUGGCCUCCUGGGGGCCGGGCCACAGAAGCCAGGGGCUUCUGCCUGAGUUUGGAGCUGCAGCCUGCCCAGAAAUGCUAGCCAGCCACCCAGCCUCUGUGGGCGAAGGCUGGCAGGCUGCAGGGCGCCUCAUUGGUUUUUAACUUGGGGAGAAAGUUAAAACUUUUGGUUUUGGCUUUCUCAACCUUAGUUUGAGUAAGACAGUUUACAAAAAAAAAAAAAAAAUUAACAUGUGAGUGAAACAAAUUUUUAUAAUUU